AUGGCGGACGAAGACAGUUCUAUCAUCGCAGACUUACGGAAAUGGACUGCGUGCGACGUAGCAGAUGGCCUGUCAAAACUCGGCGAAACGCACGGCGGAUUCCUCGAAGGCCUUACCAUGUUCUCCCCAGAAUUCCAAUCCGGCAGCACGAAGAUCGUCGGCAAAGCCUUCACAGUCAAGAUGGUGCUGAAGUCAGAGACCGAUGCACCAAAGCUCCAAGGGAAUUAUAUCGACAAAGUCCCGAAAGGCUCCGUAGUCUUCAUGAGCCAGCCAACGCCUCAUGUAAAUGCCUGCUACGGCGGGCUCAUGAGCAUGCGGGCACAGUAUCUCGGUGCGGAGGGAACAGUCGUGGAUGGACGAGUGAGAGAUUUGCAAGAACAUAGAGAUCUCAAAUUCCCCGUAUUUUCGAGAGCCAUCGGCACAACAGCCGCCACAGCAGUAUCCAGACCUUCUGAGAUCAAUGUGCCCGUCAAGCUACAAUCCUCAGUCCAGGACGCUACGAUUCGGCCUGGAGAUUUCAUCAUUGCAGACUUGGAUGGUGUGGUCUGUGUGCCGAGGGAGUUGGCGAGGAAGGCAUUAGAUGCUAUUCCACCGAAGGCGGAAGCAGAUGCAAAGACUGCUGAGGCUAUUAAGAAGGGCAUGUCUGUUGAGGAGGCGUUCAAGACCUUUAGGGGUAAGUGA